UUCACUGGAGCACUUUUCGUGCCGCAAUAUAUUUUAACCGUGCACAGAAAUAAGUCAUGACUGGAUUUGGCAUAUGCCACUUGGAAAGUAUUUUUUAUUUAGUACCAUUAUAGUUUUCUGCCCUUUGAAGUAGUAUCCUUCUGGCUUUCUACCAGUCAGCUACGUCCACUUUCAAGUUAAUUAUGUUUGUUUGUUAUACUGACGAUAAGUAUAUAUUAAGUUAAUUGAUCAAUAACAAUUUCUGCUAAGAAUCACUAACUCUAACAAGCCAUUUUAUGGAAAUGAAAAACGUAUCGAAAGCACGUCCGUCAUAUUUUGUUUUGAUAAAAAUACGAACCGUGUGGUUUAAUGUAUUAUCACAUAAUUGAAUUAAAUGGAACUUUCCAGAGGUUUAUUUCUUCACGUUUUAUGUGGUUGUAUUUACGUGUCAGUACAAAAGAAAGGAAUGUUAUCUUAAUAUCAGUUGUCUGGCUGACCAAACGGAAGAAAUACUUUGGAAAAUAUUUGGGUGCUAAAAACAAGCCAGGUUUUCCAAACAGAUAUAACUAUUUAACGUCGUGAUGUUUUGGAAUUUUUCCUACGCAUGAAGAAAUAUGCAAUGUAAUGAGAGUAGAAACACUUAUAGAUUUCGUUUUAAUCUACCGAAUUUCCUUGUUCGUACUGUGGUUUCACCGCCAUGGUUAUAUUUCAAGUGUUUCGGCAAGUAAUUAUUAUCAUUGAUUUACCUAAGUUGGCUUUGAAACAAAAUUGAGCAUGUCUAAUAACAUUUUAGCGCACAUUGCUUUGUUUUUUGGGAAAUGCCUAACAUUCUUCAUCAUCUAACGCAAUAAAGACAAUGACAGGUGUCGCAUAUUUGACACACUAGGGUGCAUCACGAAUGAACUUGGCCUCCUUAUAAUCGCAGUCGCUGUCUAAAUACUUCGCCAGUAAAGAGUAGGUGCGGUUGCAUAGAGACAGUGAGAAAUACAAAAAUAAAUAAAUACUAAGACGAUUUAGCCAACAUCAUACUGCCUAAAGACACAUUCACCAGACGUCGAAGAGAGAAUAACAUUUUAGUAACUCUUGUAUUUUUAUCAGAAAAACCCUGCAAGUAAAAUGUCCAACAAUACGACCGAAAAACCAGAUGAAUUCGCUAUUUUAACAGAAGGAUUUCGAAAGGAUCAACUUGUUGCGUUCUGUAUUAUCUUUGUAAUUGGUUUAGGGGCGAAUUCUAUGGUGCUAUUCAAUGGAAUACGUAGACGAAAGCUGAUCAAACACUUCAGUAACGACUUUGUAGUAAGCAUGGCUUUUGCUGAUUUUGGCGUAAUCGUCUUCACAAUUCCUCUGAUGUUUGUUGAGUAUCUGUUGGGAUUUAAAGGGAUGAAUACUUUCAUAUGUACUUAUAUUGUACCAAUACGUGAGACCUUUCAGGGCGCUUCUAUCUUCAGUGUUGUCACGUUGGCCAUCCUACGAGUUCGCCAAGUAACGACCCAACCUUUCAAACAGUUUUCAAAGAAGACAAGCAAAAUUCUUGUUGUGGCAAUAUGGAUCAUAAGUGCUCUGUUUUUUACCUUCUCGUUGUAUGAUGGUAUUUAUAUAAUCACGGAGGAUGGUAUUUGCGAUCCUAAAUGGCCCAAUCUUGUAAGAUUGAGGAUUCACAUCACGAUAAUCAAUUGCAUCUUCAUCUCGCCGUUAGUCGUGGCGACAAUCUCGUAUGGGUUUAUCAUCUUGAAAGUUACCAAUUUGAAUAUUGGGUCAGAUCCUGAGUCCGAAAGGUUGACAAAAAGAAAUCGAAGUAUUGCGAUGCUGAUGAUUGUGUUGAUUCUAUCCUGUUGGAUAACCUAUACACCGUUAACAAUUUAUCUUUUUUUGGGUAUCUACUCGGAUAUAGAGCAAGACCCGCAGAUAUGGCGAAUUGUUUCAGUUUUAUUUAUUGGUGGUUCGGCUCUUAACCCUGUCCUAGUGUUGCUGACGAUGCCUAAAGAUUAUCGUUUUGACAUCGAGUGUAAACGACAACGACGUGUUGGCGUUGAUGAACCGAACGCAGUACAAAAUGAGAUUGUAAAGUCAACUAUCCGUCUUCAAGACCGAAAUGGAGUCCUACCAUACUGAAGACAUUUAUCCUGCGUGUCUGCAUUUUAGUAAUUGUCUUUGGGCGAACCAUUUGUCUUUGGAGGGGGGGGGUUAAUUCCUUAGCCAAUUUUUAGGGGAGUUGUUACCUUUGCAAACAAUUGCGGAAGAAAAAAUGAAUAAUGAAAUCAAAAUUUCCAUACUGAUUCCUAUACUGAUUAGUGGUAUUAAAUUGUCGGGCUGGCUACACCACUGACCCUUUGUAUAACAUACAGCGUUUAUCGCGUAUUAUUUUUUAGUAUUUACUGCAAACUAUUUUUCCAAAGAUCACCUCCCGUAAAGAAUGGUUCGUCCACAAGGCAAUUUCAAAACCUGGUCCUGAUUUUUUUGAAUCUAUGUUGAAAAAGGAACCAGGUUAGAGAUUAGUUUCACCAAUUUUAUCACCGAAACGUUUUCACCCACACUCGAAUGGUAUCAUUAAAUUAUCAAGUCCUAUCUUAUCAGGGAUUUUGUCUGAAAUAAUCUAAAUCAAGGCUCAGCCGGGUGGAAUCAUGGACAUACCAUCAUAGUUAUGAGGUCAAUGUUUAUUCAAUUAUUUCAGAGCCUUCCACCUUUUUUUCACUUUCGUAUUGUUCCCUACCCAUGGAUGGAUAUGCCAUUCUUAAAUGCAUGCAUGGUGACCCAAUUCAACACAAAUUUUUUGUCCAUUGCUUGAAAAUUAUAUUCAAUUAUAUUUGAAACCUAAAAUCUGAAGAUGAGUUCAGAAUGUAUCGCUAUUAUAAAACGUAAUCAUUAAAUAUAAAUUAACCACAUAUAAUAUGUAAAUAUAUCAACGUACACAAGUCCUAAUUUUCAUAUCAGUUUAUUGCGUAUAUGGACCAAACUAUAUAUCUUGUGUAUUUUACAUUAUAUAAAUAUAUUAUAAGUGCAUGCAAAAGACAACAGUCAUGUAUAUAGAAAUCUGCUUCAUAAAAAUGAAGUGACUAUGUAUUUAUAUCGAUCUUCUUAAUAUAUAUAAUAUGUAUAAAAUUCAAACUAGACGCAUACUUCAGACACACGAACAAAUCUCACGCCUUUUCAACAAUUAUUCAAUUUAAACUGGGUCUGUAUUUGACUUGCAUCAACAAGAACAUUUUUUUCCUCUACUUCAAUUAAACAAAUUAUUUUUACUUUCCAUUUUCCUUUUGAAUGUUCCGGCUCACUUUACGUGGCCUGAAAUGAAUGUUUAAUAUAGCUUGUUGGUGUCUAUAACCGUAAUACCUAUUAAACACUAAGUUUUGUUAAAAUAUAAUUCUCACAGCACUUAUAUAGACUGUGCUACAAGUUCAACUUACAGUCACACCAACAUGCGACACGUUUCGAGUGACUUAAUUAAGCGACAGAAAAGUAAAAACAAAUAUUACUCAGUAUUAAAUCUGCACGAUUUUUCGUGUGUAUGCAUCUAUCUUACUCAAUCUCAGCAACACAGUUUGAUUAUAAUUUGUAAAUAGAUUUAUCACAAUUAAAAUUUAUGAAAUGAUUCGUAAAGACUUGUACAUAUAUAUAAAACAAAUAUCUCAUUUCUGUUAACUUACUACAUGCUAUGGCAGCAAAGUAAAGCGGGACUGCGCAAGCCACGUAGAAAGUUUUUGUAUAUAAUAUAUAUUUAUACUAUGUAUAAUAUAGAUGAGAAAAUUUCUUGAUGCUUGUGCAUUUUAUUGCAGUCUCCAUUGGUUUAAUCUAAGUGCAAAUAUAAAUUGCGAGUAUAUAUAUUUUUUAUGCUCGCUACUGCCUAUUGGAGGUUAAACUGCCCGUGAUAAGCAUACUUAUACUAAUUGCGCUUAGUUAAGCCAAUCAGCAUCAAGAAAUAUUUAGAUCUAUAUCUCAUAUAUAUAAUUUGAAUUCGUUGAACUUAUAUAAUUUUGAUG